GACCUGUAAUUUGUCCAUUGCUUUCAACCUGACUCUGGUCAAGAUUUGUUUUCAAGCACUCACAUGAUGAUUUGAAAUCCUCUCUUACUUCGCUUUUAACAGUUACCUCCAUGGACUCCUCACCAAAUGCACAGGGAGAUACUAGUUCUCCAUAUGUCGAGGCAGUUGGAAGGAUAACUGAGUUGAUUCAGAAGCGACAGAGGUCUCCAUGGCUCUGGCCUGACAUUGUUUACUUUUUGACGCCAUCAGGGAGGGAACACAAUCAUUGUCUUAAUAUUCUUCAUGGUUUUACCAACGAGAUCAUCGAUGAGCGAAUCGCCGACAGAGCAGCCAAAAAAAAUGACCCACAAUCCGAAGAAAAUGACACUGAGCAGGGAGAAGAAGGUGAAUUUAAAAGGAAGAGGCGUUUAGCUUUCCUCGAUUUGCUACUGGAGGCCUAUGACAAAGGAGAGAUAUCACGAGAGGGCAUCAGAGAAGAAGUGGAUACGUUCAUGUUUGAGGGCCACGACACCACAGCCGCUGGACUAACGUGGGCUCUCUACCUACUCGCCCGCCAUCCUCAUAUACAGCAGCAAGUCCACGAAGAAGUAGAUAAAUUUUUCGAACAGCGGCCAGAAACCCUCACGGGAGAGGAUCUGAAGGAUUUGCGUUACUUGGAAUGUGUUGUUAAGGAGGCCCAGCGCAUGUUCCCAUCUGUGCCCUUCAUUGCAAGGAGGACGACUGAAGACUGUCACCUGGAUGGUUACCUGGCUCCAAAAGGUACUGCUAUUGGAGUUUGUACAAUCGGACUCCACAGAAACCCAAAGGUGUGGGAAGCGCCGCUCGAGUUUAACCCGGAUCGUUUUCUUCCUGAGAACAGCCAAGGACGCCAUCCAUAUGCAUUUGUUCCUUUCUCUGCUGGGCCACGGAACUGUAUCGGUCAGCGGUUUGCUCUUCAAGAGGAGAAACUUGUCUUGGCUCACGUGUUGCGUAAUUUUACCCUCGACUCCACUCAGACCUUUGAUGAACUCCAGACAUGCGGAGAAAUUAUAACCAGACCAAAGAAUGGAAUAUUCGUCUCUUUAGCCAAACGAUGAUAAGAUAUAUAUGUUAUUUGCCGGCUGGGGGGUCCGUAUAGUGAAAAACUGUGACCGAGGUCACAGUUUU